CAGAUAAAAAGUGAGUUACUGUGCAAUUUAGCCAGUCAUUCAAUUUUGCUCCAAUAUUUGAACAGGGGACCCUGGGCUCUGUAUAAUCCCUGGAUGGCAGGGGAGCAGUGUGAUGUGAAGGUUUGUACAAGUGGGCCAUGGACCAGCAGUGUGGUGGGAGAGAGACACAAUUCCAGAAAACACCAUACCCAGCAAUGGUUCCUGCUGGUUCCAGGCUCAGCGCAUGGAGAUUUCACCAACAGUUUCAGUAUCCUCCACAGCAAACAAACUUCCCAAGCCUGCUGGACUUUAUGACCCGUUGCUCGUGGGAAACACCUCCAGGGAAGGAGUGCUUAGCAGCACUUACUUCUUCUUUCUUCAGGAUGUUUUAGGGAAGUGUAGAAGCUGCCUCCCAGCUGUCUGUGCAGCAACAGGAUGACUUCACUCUGCAGGUGUUCUCUGCAGGGCUUGGGAGGGGGACUGAGGGACUAUUGGUCUCCUUUUCCACUUGACUUACCGAGUCUUAUAAAUCAGGGACACUGUCUACUGGCUUACAUUGUAACUCUUACCUGGGAAGAAGACAGCAGGGGUGAUACUCCCCUGUGAGGACAACAUUGCCAUAUCUAAGGCUUAGGGAGGAUGGGGCUAUUGAACCUGAUGUGGCCUGGUGUGUGGCUCCUCAAGAUAAAAGAUUUGGGUCUAGGUGGGGCUUGGAUGGGAGGUUGCAGAGAGCUCCCACAUAUGGGUAUUGCAGUCCACACAUCUGAAUCUAGAGCCACAAGAAGGGAAGGAGCUUGGAUGCCAUUAUGUCACUCCUGCAAAGGACACUCCAUAGCUCAUGCCAUCUAAAUGUGUUGGUUGUCCUCUCCUCCAAGACCUCUUAAGCCCUUCCUCGGAGCACUGUGGGGAAGGAUGGUGGAGACCAUUUUUGUGUGCUGGUAUGGAUUUUGGAGCUGCCCCUUGCCACAAAAGGAAGGAACUGGGAUGUUCUUUUGGGUGAGCUGUUACACACAGGAGAGAAGUGAACACAGAGGUCACACCUCCUUGGUCAGCUGGGAAGAUGUUUGUCCCAUGUCAUGUCUAGAGUAGCAUUCCUAAGGGCUGUGUGUGAUAGUCCUUCCACUGGGAGCCCAACAAGGAGGCUGGGGCUUGCUUUUAUUUCCUGGAAUCCCUUGUAAGAAGUGUACAUAUGGAAGCUUUUACCUUGGAUCAAAGUCUUCUGGCUUAAUAGCAGCCGUUGGAGCUUUGCAGAGGCAGCUAUCAUGUUAAUAUGUAAGCCACAGGGAAGUUUAGGGUUGUAAGGUCCUUUGUGCAAAGCAUUUCUAAGAUAAACUGCUGGUGUCUCCCUGCCUGGUUACUCUGCCUUCUGAGGAAGAUGCCUGGAAAUAUUGAAAUCUUAAACUUGGAUAUGAAGCCUGGGAACACCCUGAAGGUGAAGGGCAAAAUAUCUGCUGAUACUGUUGGCUUCAGCAUCAAUCUUGGCUACAGCUCAAGAGAUCUGGCAUUUCACUUCAAUCCCCGCUUCAAUGAGUCUGUCAUUGUCUGUAACUCCAAGUGCUCCGAUUCCUGGCAGACGGAACACCGUGACCACCACCUCUCUUUCUUCAGGGGCUGCACUGUCAAGUUCUUCAUUGAAAUGCUGUCAGACAAAUUCCGUGUGAAACUGCCGGAUGGUUAUGAAGUGUACUUCCCCAACCGGCAUGGUUACCGCAAGAUCAACUACAUCAGCAUCAUGGGAGGCUUAAAGAUGAUCUCCCUCAAGCUGACCUGAUGGGCACUGCUUCCUAGCUCUAAUAAAGACCCAAGCCAGUGGAAGACUGCUU